CUUCAAUGACCUUUAUCGAGGUAUAAUUUACAUACAAUGAUACGCACGCAUUUUAAGUAUGAAGUUGAGUACACUUUGAUGCAUGCAUACCCAUCAUCCUGAUCAAGACAACACAUCCAUCAACCCAGAAAUUCCGUCCUGUCCCAGUUAGUACCCUCUCCCCAGGCAUCCUGACCUGCUUCCUACAACUCUCAGCUUAUUCUUCGGUUCUAGAAUUUCACAUCCGUGAAUGACACGGUAUGUGUUUUUGUGUGUUUGGCUUCUUGGGCUCAGCGUAACCUUCUUGGGACUCAUCGUGCUGUUGGGGGUAUGGGUGGUCCCUUCUUUUCUGGCGUGGAGUGGCAGUCAUUUGUAGCCCUCCGUUUUACCCUAGUCUCCUAAUGGGUGACCCGGGGCACGUCAGUUUCCCCUUCUGUCAAACAGGGGGAACUUGUACCCACAUUAUUGGAUGGUUAGGAUUCAGUGAACUUAGAAGAAUUCCUGGCACACAGCAGGUGCUUCGUAAAACGGUGGUGGUUGUUGCUGGUAACAACCAUGGUUUCGGUUGUCUGUUUCUUUGUGACAAACGGCAUCCAAAACGUAAGUGGCGGAUAUGGGAGUUUCCAGCUUGGGCCCUUGCAGAUAAUGUGGAUGAGUGAACAAAAGAGUCAAAAAGGACAGCCUUCGUGGCUUCUGCCUUCGUCGUGGGCUCGGGUACCGUGCAUCUUGGCGACCGGCUACCGGGCAGCCGUUGCAGAGAUGGGCAGGUUUGGUUUUGAGUGGAUAUCAUGGAAAUCAAGGAAAUCCGCCCCGGGAAGAACUCCAAGGAUUUUGAGCGCGCGAAGGCAGCCCGCCAGAAGGAGGACUGCUGUUUCACCAUCUUGUACGGCACCCAGUUCGUCCUGAGCACUCUCAGUUUGGCAGCUGAUUCUAAAGAAGACGCGACUAAGUGGCUCUCUGGCUUGAAAAUCUUACACCAGGAAGCGAUGAGUGCGUCUACACCCACCAUUAUUGAGAGUUGGCUGAGAAGGCAGAUUUAUUCAGUGGAUCAAACCAGAAGAAACAGCAUCAGCCUCCGGGAGCUGAAGACCAUCUUGCCCCUGGUCAACUUCAAAGUGAACAGUGCCAAGUUCCUCAAAGAUAAGUUUGUGGAAAUCGGCGCUCACAAAGAUGAACUCAGCUUUGAGCAGUUCCACCUUUUCUAUAAAAAUCUUAUGUUUGAGCAGCAAAAGUCGAUUCUUGAUGAAUUCAAAAAAGAUUCUUCCGUGUUCAUCUUGGGCAACACCGACCGGCCGGAUGCCUCCGCUGUUUACCUGCACGACUUCCAGCGGUUUCUCCUACACGAACAGCAGGAGGUUUGGGCUCAGGAUCUGAACAAAGUCCGCGAGCGGAUGACAAAGUUUAUCGAUGACACCCUGAGGGAGACCGCCGAGCCCUUCUUGUUUGUUGAUGAGUUCCUCACGUACCUGUUUUCGCGGGAGAACAGCAUCUGGGACGAGAAGUACGACGUCGUGGACAUACAGGACAUGAACAACCCCUUGUCCCAUUACUGGAUCUCCUCCUCACAUAACACGUACCUCACCGGUGACCAGCUGCGGAGUGAGUCGUCCACGGAGGCAUACAUCCGCUGCCUGCGCAUGGGCUGUCGCUGCAUCGAGCUGGACUGCUGGGACGGGCCCGAUGGGAAGCCCAUCAUCUACCACGGCUGGACGCGGACCACCAAGAUCAAGUUUGAUGACGUCGUGCAGGCCAUCAAAGACCAUGCCUUUGUCACCUCAAGCUUCCCGGUGAUCCUGUCCAUCGAAGAGCACUGCUGUGUGGAGCAACAGCGCCACAUGGCCAGGGUGUUCAAGGAGGUGUUUGGCGACCUGCUGUUGACGAAGCCCACGGAGGCCGGUGCUGACCAGCUGCCCUCGCCCAGCCAGCUGCGGGAGAAGAUCAUCAUCAAGCAUAAGAAGCUGGGCCCCCGAGGCGACGUGGAUGUCAACGUGGAAGAUAAGAAAGAUGAGCACAAGCAACAGGGUGAACUGUACAUGUGGGAUUCCAUUGACCAGAAAUGGACCCGGCACUACUGUGCCAUCGCUGAUGCCAAGCUGUCGUUCAGCGAUGACAUUGAGCAGACUGCAGAGGAGGAGCUGCCCCAGGAUAUACCCCCCACGGAGCUGCAUUUUGGGGAGGAGUGGUUCCACAAGAAGGUGGAGAAGAGAACAAAUGCCGAGAAGCUGCUGCAGGAAUACUGUGCCGAGACGGGGGGCAAAGAUGGGACCUUCUUGGUGCGGGAGAGCAAGACCUUCCCCAACGACUACACCCUGUCCUUCUGGCGGUCCGGCCGGGUCCAGCACUGCCGGAUCCGCUCCGUCAUGGAGGGCGGGACCAUGAAGUACUUCCUGACUGACAACAUCAUGUUCACCAGCAUCUAUGACCUCAUCCAGCACUACCGUGAGACGCACCUGCGCUGUGCCGAGUUCGAGCUCCGGCUCACCGACCCCGUGCCCAACCCCAACCCCCACGAGUCAAAGCCGUGGUACUAUGAUGGCCUGAGCCGCGGGGAAGCAGAGGACAUGCUGAUGAGAGUUCCCCGGGACGGGGCCUUCCUGAUCCGGAGGCGGGAAGGUACCGACUCCUACGCCAUCACCUUCAGGGCCAGGGGCAAAGUAAAGCAUUGCCGCAUCCAUCGGGACGGCCGGCACUUUGUGCUGGGGACCUCUGCCUACUUCGAGAGCCUCGUCGAGCUGGUCAGUUACUACGAGAAGCACGCGCUGUACCGGAAGAUGCGGCUGCGCUAUCCUGUGACGCCUGAGCUGCUGGAGCGCUACAAUAUGGAACGAGAUAUCAACUCCCUCUAUGACGUCAGCAGGAUGUAUGUGGAUCCCAGUGAAAUCAACCCGUCCAUGCCUCAGAGGACCGUCAAAGCUCUGUAUGACUACAAAGCCAAGCGAAACGAUGAGCUGAGUUUCUGCCGUGGGGCCCUCAUUCACAACGUCUCCAAGGAGCCCUGGGGCUGGUGGAAAGGAGACUAUGGGACCAGGAUCCAGCAAUACUUCCCAUCCAACUACGUUGAGGACAUUUCAACGGUAGAUGUGGAAGAACUGGAAAAGCAGAUUAUUGAAGACAAUCCCUUAGGGUCUCUUUGCAGAGGAAUACUGGAUCUCAACACCUAUAACGUCGUGAAAGCCCCGCAGGGGAAAAACCAGAAGGCGUUCGUGUUCAUCCUGGAGCCCAAGAAGCCAGGUGACCCUCCGGUGGAGUUUGCCACAGACAGGGUCGAGGAGCUCUUUGAGUGGUUUCAGAGUAUCCGGGAGAUCACCUGGAAGAUGGACACCAAGGAGAACAACAUGAAGUACUGGGAGAAGAACCAGUCCAUCGCCAUCGAGCUCUCGGACCUGGUAGUCUACUGCAAGCCGACCAGCAAGACCAAGGACAAUUUAGAAAACCCCGACUUCCGAGAAAUCCGCUCCUUCGUGGAGACGAAGGCUGACAGUGUCGUCAGACAGAAACCCGUCGACCUCCUCAAGUACAAUCAGAAGGGCCUGACCCGUGUUUACCCGAAGGGACAGAGGGUGGACUCCUCCAACUACGACCCCUUUCGCCUCUGGCUGUGUGGCUCCCAGAUGGUGGCACUCAAUUUCCAGACUCCAGACAAGUACAUGCAGAUGAAUCAAGCCUUGUUCUCACUCAACGGGCGGACAGGCUACGUCUUGCAGCCCGAGAGCAUGAGGACGGAGAAGUACGACCCCAUGCCGCCCGAAUCCCAGCGGAAGAUUCUGAUGACUCUGACAGUCAAGGUUCUCGGGGCUCGCCAUCUCCCCAAACUUGGCCGAAGCAUCGCAUGUCCCUUUGUCGAGGUGGAAAUCUGCGGGGCUGAAUAUGACAACAACAAGUUUAAGACCACAGUUGUGAAUGACAAUGGCCUAAGCCCCGUUUGGGCUCCGACACAGGAGAAGGUGACCUUUGAAAUUUAUGACCCAAACCUUGCGUUUCUGCGCUUUGUGGUCUACGAGGAAGAUAUGUUCAGUGAUCCCAACUUCCUGGCUCAUGCCACUUACCCCAUCAAAGGAAUCAAAUCAGGAUUCAGAUCUGUUCCUCUGAAGAACGGGUACAGUGAAGAUAUCGAGCUGGCUUCCCUCCUGGUGUUCUGUGAGAUGCAGCCAGUCCUGUUGUUUCGGAGCCGCCUGAACCACAAGCUUAGAAGGACGGCAAGGUUGCGUGCGUCCUUGUGUCUCAGGGAGACAGACAGAAGGUGGCUGACAGGUGGAGUAACAACACUGAAACCAAGCCAGCUGAUGACCCUACAGUGGCCUCCACGUGAUCCAGUGAAACGCAGAGUCCGUCAGUGCAGCAGACUUCAUCGCUGUCUUCGGAAACUGCCCCAGCCACCCCGACUCUCAGCCACCACCACCCCCCUCGGCCAGCAGCUGCCGGCAUCCGGGCAAGACCCUCCACCAGCCAGAAGACUGUGAGUCACUGAAAUCUCAGAUAAUUUAAAAAUUUUGUUGCCAAAAAACCCCAUUAAGAUGCAUACGCGUUAUCACACCCUUACUAGACUACAAGCAUAACUUUUAUACGUACCGGGAAACCAAAAAAAUAAUGUGAUUUGCUUUAGUGCAAUAUUUGCUUCAUUGUGGUGGCCUGGAGCCACACCCAUGAUAUCCAAGGUUUGCCUAUAAAACGUGUCAAUUCCAAGGAAAAAUAAAAAGAUUUGCCAACAUACCAAGUUAUCUACUAAGAAAAUCAAAUAAAGCUAACAUCAGACUUGUCUUCGGCACUAGGAGGACUGAAGAACUCGGCAAACGGCCACCAGCAUGUCAAGGCAACAGAAAUGUAUUUGUGGAUAUGCAAGGUCUUAGAAACCUCAGGAGAGCACCUGAAUCGAUGUUCUAGAUAGAUAGAUGAAGAAAAGGAAUUAAUUCCGCAACACAGUUACACUUUAGAGUGUAAGUCUCUUUAAGUACCAGGGUCCCUGAAUCAAAUAACACUAUGAACAAUUUUGUGCCAGUCUGGAAUUGAAAAUAAUAAACAUAUGAAAACCCUG